AUGGUCCUGUCUCUACUGCUGUGCACCAUCUGUUCUUUCAUCCUGCUGUCGCCAGCCAUUGCCGGCCAUGCCUCAGAUGAAUCCAGACUUCUACAAGUGACCAUCCCCAAAUCUCCGCCCGUGUCUGCUAUCCUGGGCGGUUCCCUUACUCUCCCCUGUCUUGUGUCAAUGUCUCAGCCUCCCACAACCUUCUCCACAGUGGGCAAACAUGCUGUUCUCUCACAGCCACGGGUCAAGUGGAGCAUGUUGUCCUCAGAGCGUGAGACGGAGAUAUUGGUGGCCCGCGGUGAACGGGUAAAGGUCAGUGAAGCUUACAAAGGUCGGGCCUCCCUGCUCAACUAUGACUCCUCACCAACUGACCUAACACUACGGCUGGAUGACUUAAGGCACAAUGACACAGGUUUCUACCGCUGCGAGGUUCAGCAGGGUCUGGAGGAUGCUCAUGACCUUGUUAAGGUUAAAGUUAAAGGUGUGGUAUUCCACUACCGACAUGCCUCCAGUCGUUAUGCAUUCUCCUUCGAUGAAGCGCAAGAUGCCUGCGAGGAUAUUGGAGCUCAGAUAGCAACUCCAGAGCAGCUUUUGGCUGCCUACAACAGUGGCUAUGAGCAGUGUGAUGCUGGCUGGUUAUCUGAUGGCUCUGUCAGGUACCCAAUCCAAAUGCCACGAGAGGGUUGUUUUGGAGACAUGGAUGGGCUGCCAGGAGUUCGGAACUAUGGCAUGAUAGAUCCCGAUGAGCUGUAUGAUGUGUACUGCUAUGUUGAGAACAUCAAUGGGGAGGUGUUCCAUGGCUCUACUCCUCAGAAGCUUACACUGGCUGAGGCCAAGGUUUACUGUAAGGGUCAAGGGGCAGAGCUGGCUACCACCAGUCAGCUUUAUGCUGCCUGGAAUGAUGGCCUCCACCACUGCAGUCCUGGCUGGCUAGCUGAUGGCAGCGUGCGUUACCCUAUUGUCACUCCUAGAGAACGUUGUGGUGGCUCUGAACCUGGAGUUAAGACCAUCUACCGCUUUAGUAACCAGACUGGCUUUCCUGAGCCCCACUCUCGCCAUGAUGUCUACUGCUUUAGAGGCAGCAGCAACCCUCGCACAGACUCCCCUAAGGACUACAUGGCUACUGAACCGGAGGAUAUUGUCCGAGACAUUGUUACCUUGACUGACCCACAGUCAGAGUUCAGCCCAGGCCUAGUGACUCAACAGACUGAGAAUGAGGCUCAAGGGGUCGUGGAGACAUUCUCCAUUCACAGUGAGCACAUCCCUGGGGAUGAAGAGGAAGAGUACAGCCACCCUACCACCACCAGUUACACCCAGACCCUCACUAACCCAACAUUCACUUUCCAGGAAAUUCAUUCAACUCCUAACUCCUGGCAAGAAGUGCUUACCAAUCCCAUUGACUUUGAAUCUGUGCCUGAGAUAUUCCGGGAGCCUACGCACAAUCACACUCUGCCACCUGCUACCCCUGAAUCUGAGGAUUCCAUAACUGAGGAAAAAAGAAGCAAUCAUGGACACUAUCAGCCUAUGCCAGACACCAACGUUGAACCAGGGGAGCCAGUGGAUUUCAGCUUUCCAACAGAGAAAGCAGACACUGCUGUGGAAGUCUUGAUUGCUUCCUCAGAGUAUACAGAGCUGGGUGGAUCUAAACAUCACCAGCCCAUGCCUGAGACCAAUCUUGACACUUCAGAGGGGAGUAACGAGGAUAAUUUGACAACUCAGACAGUCGUGCCAACAAAGGUAUUCGAUGGUUCAGGGGUUCACACCACUACAACAUACAAUUUCAGUGAGCUCACCACAACUUUGGAGGGCCUUACUACACAUGGGGUCAUCGAUGAGCCUGAGGAUUCUACGCAAGCUGUUCUGGUGGAACAGGAAACAAGUGCAGACCCUGUCCACCCAAGUGCCUCUUCUGAUCCUACAGAAAGUGGGAGCACAACAGCAGAGGCAAAGGCAGGAGAAAUUGAGGAGGCUUUCAUUUCCUCCUCAGAAACCCCUCCUCAAUAUGAUGAGGACACCCAACUGACAACCCUGUCCACCCCCUCACCACAUACGGAGGACACCAUGUCCACUGGCACUGUGGAAGAGGCUGUAGAGGACAGUACCAGCUCAUCCCUUCCUGAAUUCACCAGUCCCCAUGAAACUCUAGAGGUCCAACCUGAAGAGACUAGUGUUGGCUCUGGAGGCCUGAUUACCGUUAGCCCUGUAGGCGCAGAUGUCCGUUUAACAGAGGUCACACCUACGAGGUCUUCUCCAAGCCCAUUAGAUCAUGUAGAACAGGAGGCAGGUGGCACCUCAGCUGAGUCACUGGUCAUCCCCCUUGGAUCAGCAGAUCAUGAUCAUGAGGAUGUAGAAAGAGCCCAGGCUACAUCCACAGCAGCUGUAGAUGCAGAAACAGGCCAGGCUACAUCCACAGCAGCUGUUGAUGCAGAAACAGGCCAGGCUACGUCCACAGCAGUUGUUGAUGCAGAAACAGGCCAGGCUACGUCCACAGCAGAUGUUGAUGCAGAAACAGUCCAGACUACGUCCACAACAGUUGUUGAUUCAGAAGAGACAGAGUUUCCUGAUGGAUCUGGGGACCAUGAUGCUGACAUCCUUUCAGUCACGCUAUUGACAUCACCUAUGCCCUAUACUUUUGCCACACCUACCACUCGAUAUCCAGUGGAGGUUGAAGCCAGCUCUUCAAGAGAUGCGGAUAUUCAUAUUCCGGAGAGCAGUACUCAGUCCGGAUUAAGUACCACUGAGGAAGAGCUGGAGCAGGUAGAACAGGAGGAGCUGGGAGGAGCUCAUAGCCAGGAGGGCAGUGACCAUGAUGACACAUCAUCUGGAGAUGACCAUUUGGAGGAGCUGUCAUCUGGGGAGGAGCCUACAGUCAGGGGAUACCCAGACCUCCCGUACCCCAAUGCUACCUCCAUCACUCCUCUCAAUUUUACUGACUCACUAGAGCUUAAUGUCACACAUGCUGAAGACUUGGAAGAGAGUGAAGCUGAAGAAGAUGAAGAGAAUGAAAGCAGUACAGUUGUGCCUCCAACUACCCUAGAUGUCACUCUGAUCCCCGAUAUGACCCAAACACCCAGAUGGGAAACCCUAGCUUCCCCUACUCCACCCCAGGAGUCACGGGCAGAUCUUGAAUACAGUGGUGACGCUCCUCUGACUACAGAAGAGCCAGAUUCUAUAGAUGAGGAAUCUCCCACCACAACUGUGACUACAAUGGAACCAGAAGAAGCCCAAAGCCUGUCCACCACCCAGUCAUCAAUCUCAGAGGAAGAUCAGGACUAUGACCUCACCACGACGGAAGAACCUGAGGAGAAUGAACAGGAUGAGACCACUACAGCCAAGGCCACAACUCUCCCACCCCGACCAACCCAGAGAGUGCUUGUCAGGACAGGCAACAUUUCUGAUGCCUGCAUGGAGAACCCUUGUGCCAAUGGUGGCACAUGUGUAGACAGUGAUUCCACCACCAAAUGCCUCUGCCUGCCCACCUAUGGGGGAGACUUUUGCCAGAUAGACCUGGAACACUGUGAGCCUGGCUGGGAGAAAUUCCAGGGCUUCUGCUACAGGCACUUCACCAAACGACAAGGCUGGGAAGUGGCUGAGCAGCACUGCCGCAUGUGUGGAGGUCACCUCGUGUCCAUUAUGACUCCAGAGGAGCAGGAAUUCAUAAACAACAAAUACAGGGAGUACCAGUGGACAGGCCUGAACGACAGAACCAUUGAGGGUGAUUUCCGCUGGUCCGAUGGCAACCCUCUGCUAUAUGAGAACUGGUACCGAGGACAACCUGACAGCUACUUUCUUUCUGGAGAGGACUGUGUGGUGAUGGUGUGGCAUGACGAUGGUCGCUGGAGUGAUGUGCCCUGUAACUACCAUCUGUCCUACACCUGUAAGAAGGGCAUUGCUUUCUGUGGGCAACCCCCAUUAGUACUGAACGCUAAGAUGUUUGGAAGGCGACGACUGCGAUAUGAAACCAACUCAAAGGUGCGAUACUAUUGUGAUGAGGGCUUCAUUCAGAGACACAAUCCUGUCAUUAAGUGCCUCAACAAUGGACAGUGGGAGGAGCCACAGAUCACCUGUACGCCAGUUCAGCCCGCAUAUGGAAAUGAGCUUACACAACUCCGUUCUCAGAAUGAGGAGGUACUCGUGGCGGACACCACCACGGAAAAAGCGACACCGGAAUUCUGGGACAUUAAGUGGAACUUUUAA